ACUUAAUGAUGUGAUGUCUCAUAGAAUUCAAGUGUCUGUAGAAUUGUCUUGUAAGCCAUUAUUAUCACUUUGGUCUAAUGACAAGAAAUUUAGACCUAGAUUACAUAAAAGCAAAGCACAUCGUAAA